AUGUUUACAGGUUUUUUUUGUGUUUUUUGCUUAGAAAAUGAAAUUGAUGGUUUAACAUUGUUAAAAUUAAACGAUGCCAUGGUUGUACGAUUAUUUCCAACAAUUAAACUAGAGAUUCAAUUUAUUGAUUUACUAAAUCAACUAAAACAAAAACAUUCAUGUGAAACAACCAAUGGUAGUACAUUAUCAUCAUGUUUAACAACAAUUCCUGCACAAGCAUCGUCUUCGUUCGAUGAUAAUCCAUCAAAUUCAUCACCACCAUCUAAUCAUAUCCAUCAUCCAGCACAUUUUCAUCAUCAUCAUCAUCAUAAAGUUUCACAAAUACCUCGUUACACACCCAAACUACAUCCACCAAAAAUGAUUAAACGUGAAUCAAAAUUCUAUUUACCAGCAAAUUUACAACAAGAUUCAUCAUUAAAUGUUGGGGAGAGUGGCAAUAAUAGUAGUUUAGAUAAUGGAGAACAUGAUACAAAACAUUCAUUUCCACAUAUAUAUCAAUUACCAGUAUUUCCUGAUACAUUACGUUUAGCACUUUUAAGUCAAGAUUCAAGUGCAUUUAAAUUAAGAACAUACUAUCGAAAUUUGUUAAUUAGUUCAUUAUAUGAUGAUUUAACAAGAACUUACAAUUUAUGGUAUCCAAACGCUCGUCAGUAUAAAACAGUUGCCUCAGCAUUAGUAAAAGCUUUUCCAUUUCUUGAACAAUCAACUGAUGGUGGCGAAUCUGCAUGGGUUGAUGGUAUCAAAGGGAAAUUUAAACGUGGUCGACGUACAGUAACAAAUUAUGUUGAUGCUGUUCAAUCAUCUGAAAAUGGCAUGGACAAUAGUAAUGGACAUCCAGGUGGUAAUGGUAGUGUAGAUCAAUUUAAUGAUGAUGAAAAUAAACUACAUGGACAAAAACGUUCAAGACAUGAAUUUGAACUAGAUACAUAUUCAGAUAAUGGGGAUUAUGAAUCGGGUGAAAUGAUGGAAAAUCAAAAGGAUCAAGAAGACAAUAGUGAAAAUAACGAUGAACUUGAGGGUGAAGACUCGAAUCACCGUGCUUAUAUUCAUGCUAUGCAAGAAGCCAUGGUGUCUACUGAACCUGAUUUAUCUCUAAUUAUGGAUUACUUUAAAGAAACGUUUCAUUCUCGACGAUUAUUUGUUAAAACUCAUAACACAACUGAGAUUCUAUCGGAAUAUCCAGCAUUAACAUUACAAACAUGCUUGCUUACAGACUUUCAUAUGCAAACAAAUAUACCCAUUCAAACUGUAUUUAUUCAUAAAUUACGUUCAAUAUCGAAAUCAAUAUUACAUCUAGCAAAAGAAACGAAUUGUGCCCCAGAAAUACUACAAUCAUAUCAUGCCAUCGUUACACAAAGACCACAACUUGAUCAAAUUUUGGCUGACACAUUUGCUCUUCUCAUUGUAUCACGAUAUUUCGACGAAGAUCGUUUUCUACUCACAUCUUCAGAAAAGGAUACCAGUUCUCCGUGGCCAAUAAUUCGUGGUGAUCAUCCGGCAAAUAUUUUUUAUGAUGGAAAAUCGAUAUCAUACAAUAUUGAAUUAGACUACAUACGUUUAUUUUCUCGUCCAUUAAAUGAUUUUCUAACGGCUAUUAUCACAUUAUUUGCUGUUUAUACAGUAUUUGAAAUAACGUAUGGUAAAUUAGAAAUGACAUUAUCAUUUAUUGAUUGUCUAUUACGAGAAAAUCAACAUUCAUCUACACGUCCACCGCAAGUGAUUGAACUAAUAAAUGAAUUAAAUACAAUGAAAUGA